GCUUUAAUUUGGGAAAAGCCCCUUCAUUCUCUCGCGAAAAGACGGCUGAGAAACAAACUCCACGCUCGUCAAACAUUCUCUGAAUCCGAGUCUUCUUUCUCUUUCGUUUUUUCCGAAUCCGAUCAGUAGUCUGUGUGCCCUAAUUUGCCGCCGAGUCUUCUUUCUCUUUUGUUGUGGCUGUGGGACCAUCGAGUCUGAGAUUUUACAGGGGUUUUCUCUAUAAAGGUUUGCCAUGGAUUCGGAGGACGAUAUGCAUGACGCGAACGACGCCGAGUCCCUUGACGACUACUACAGUGGCGAUACGGCUCUGGGUUACAGCGAUGACGAAGGCGGUGACUACGAGUUCAUGGACAACGACUCCGAUGACUCCAAUGACAUUGUCGCUAGCCGACUACAGAAAAAUUAUAUUGUCUUGAAGGAAGCAGAUAUAGACCGGCGUCAAGGGGAUGAUAUCGUAACAGUUUCCACGGUCCUCUCAAUAUCAGAAGUGGCUGCGAGCAUUCUACUCCGUCACUAUCAUUGGAGUGUGAGUAAUGUGCACGAGGCAUGGUUUGCUGAUGAAGUUAGAGUCCGCAAAACUGUGGGCUUGGUGGAAUGGCCAGUUGUUCAAUAUCCAAAUUCUAAAGAACUGACUUGCGGGAUUUGUUUUGAAAACCAUCCUCUUGAUAGGAUAAGCACUGCUGCUUGUGGACAUCCUUUUUGUAGUGCAUGCUGGAGAGCUUACAUGAAAACAUCCAUCGAUGGUGGCCCUGGAUGUUUGAUGCUGAGAUGCCCCGAUCCAUAUUGUGGUGCAGCUAUCAGUCAAGAUAUGAUCAAUUUAUUGGCAUCUGAUGAUGAUAAGAAGAAGUUUGCGCGUUACCUUCUACGUUCUUAUAUUGAAGACAAUAGAAAGACAAAAUGGUGUCCUGCCCCAAGCUGUGAGUAUGCCAUUGAAUUUGUUGCUGGUACGGGAGGCUAUGACGUUGCCUGCCUCUGUUCAUAUGCCUUUUGUUGGAAUCUGAAAUUGCAGUGUACAGAAGAAGCUCAUCGUCCUGUGGACUGUGGCACUGUGGCCAAGUGGAUUCUGAAAAACAGCGCAGAGUCUGAAAACAUGAAUUGGAUACUAGCUAAUUCCAAGCCUUGUCCAAAGUGCAAACGUCCAAUUGAGAAAAACCAAGGUUGUAUGCACAUGACAUGCACGCCCCCUUGCAAAUUUGAAUUCUGCUGGCUAUGUGUUAGUGCAUGGUCCGAUCAUGGUGAGAGGACAGGUGGUUUCUAUGCGUGUAAUCGUUAUGAGGCAGCUAAACAAGAGGGAGCGUAUGAUGAAACUGAACGGAGGAGAGAGAUGGCUAAGAACUCUUUAGAGAGAUACACUCAUUACUAUGAACGGUGGGCAACCAACCAAUCGUCGAGGCAAAAAGCUCUUGCGGAUUUACAUCAAAUGCAAUCUGUGCAUCUUGAGAAGCUUAGCGACAAACAGUCCCAACCUGAGUCACAGCUUAAGUUCAUUAUAGAGGCCUGGCUACAGAUAGUUGAAUGUCGGAGAGUAUUAAAAUGGACCUAUGCAUAUGGAUACUACCUACCCUGGCAUGAACAUGCUAAGAGGCAAUUUUUUGAAUAUUUACAAGGUGAGGCCGAGGCUGGUUUAGAAAGGCUUCAUCAAUGUGCUGAAAAGGAUCUACAGAAUUACCUCAAUGCCGAAGCCCCUUCGAAUGAUUUUAAUGAUUUUCGCACAAAGCUGGCUGGACUAACUAGCGUGACUCGAAAUUACUUUGAGAACUUGGUUAGAGCAUUAGAGAAUGGUCUAUCAGAUGUUGAUUCACAUGGUGGGGGUUCCAGCAGCGAGGCAACAGCAAGUUCGAAAAGCGGAGGAGUGGCUGGCAGCAAGGGGAAAGGUGGAAGAUGAUAUGCAGCAGCCGAAGGACAAAAGGGGCAGCAUGGCAUUUAAGAGGGGAGGUUGGCAUUCCCUCCCUGUGUAAAUGCUUUCUUUUUUGUGUUGGCUUUGACUUGGCUUGGCUGGGGCUGUAAAAACAAAGCAUGGAAAGGAAGAAAUGAGAAAUGAUGAGGAACAAGCAAGCAGCCAGCCAUGUAUGUUAGACAUUUGUGUGCAAUUUGUAGUAUCAUCAUAACCUAAUAUGAUUCAGUGUAUAUAGUCUCUCUCUAUUUACUCUCUACCCACAUCAAUCAAUCAAUUUUUACUGUACUGGUCAAGGUUCUGAAACUUGCAUUGUGACUACUGAUUUUUAGUAGCAUAUAUAUGUUAUGCAGAGUUUGGCUAGAGGCAAUUGCAAAUCUACUCAUUUGUGUCUUGCCUCUGGCUAAUCAUUCAUUUAAAGGUUGAAUAUAUAGCUUCUUGAAA